CCAAGAGGGAGCAUGAGGGAGUGGUACAGAUGCUGGAGUCUAAGGUGCGGGAGUUGGAGGAUAAGUGUCACAGCCAGAGUGAACAGUUCAGCCUGCUCAGCCAUGAGCUGGAGACCUUCAGACUACAGGCUGGCAAAUUGGACCUGUCUGGCUCCAAUAUCCUCACUAACCCCCCUCUCUGCCAUCUGACCAACGGGGUGGGCCUCACCGGAGAUGUGGCUGCAACUCUACGAAUGGGGGCCACCCCUCACGCUGCGGGUCUCACACGCCAUCCCACCGUCAAGCACCGUGAGCUGCCCACCAUCAGCCUGACCAAGUCCUCCAGCACCCCCAAGUCUGCCUCUGAUACCACCCACCUCUCCCCCAAGUCAGCCGAGUCCCACCACAGCCCCCACCACAGCCCCCACCACAGCCCACGCAGGACCAGCCCCACGCCACACGAGGUUGACACGGCCAGUGAAGUGGAGGAGUUGGACAUCGAUGUGUCCCCAGCGCCUUACACAGCUCUCAGGAGAGCCGCUCAGCUACAGGUCUUCAUUGCCAGAUACAGCUAUAACCCGUACGACGGUCCUAAUGAUAACCCAGAGGUGGAGCUGCCACUCACCGCUGGGGAGUACAUCUAUGUUUAUGGCGGUAUGGAUGACGAUGGCUUCUAUGAAGGAGAGCUGAUGGACGGGCGGAGAGGGCUGGUCCCCUCCAACUUUGUGGAGCGCGUCUCAGACGACGACAUGAUAAGCGCCCACGUUCCAGAGGGCACGGAUAUAUCCCACAACUCCCUGCUGGACAGCAGCCUGCACAGCGCCAGUCACCAGCACCAUCUCUGCCUGGGGGGCCCAGGUACCUCUGAGAGGACAGACCCUACGUCAGCAGCCUCCAUCCCGGUUUCUCUCUCCGUCCCCUCAGGGGAGCACGUCCCCUCGGACCCCUCCCUCCCAGACCUCCUUUCCCCAGCCCCCCUCACCAACGGCCUGGAUCUGGACCUAGAGGUGGGGGUGGGCACUGUGCCUUACCCGCGCAAGCUCACCCUCAUCAAGCAGCUGGCCAAGAGCAUCAUCAUCAGCUGGGACGGGCCGCUGGUGCCGGCGGGCUGGGGCAACGUGUGGAGCUACAAUGUGUACGUGGACCAGGAGCUGAGGCUCAACGUGCCCUUCGGCUCCCAGACUAAAGCUGUCCUAGAGAGACUAGACGUCACCCUCAAGGCCUACCGGGUGUCUGUGCAGAGCUUGACGGAACGCGGAAGCUCGGACCAGCUCCGUUGCUCAUUACUGGUGGGUAGGGACGUGUGUGUGGCGCCUACCCAGCUCAGAGUCGACCGGGUCACCGCCACCUCGGCCAGCCUGGCCUGGCUGCCUAGCAACAGUAACUAUGUGCAUGUCGUGUCCUUGAACGAGGAGGAGAUGGAGCUGGUGAAGGCUGGCAGCUACUCACUGUGCCUCAGUAACCUCACGCCCAGCCUUCAGUACACAGUCAAGGUGGAGGCUCAGCCACACCAAACCCCCUGGGAGAUACCCCAGGAGAGACGGGAACACAAGACCGUCACCACCACCUUCACCACGUUGGCCGCAGGCCCCCCAGACGCUCCUCUGGACGUGCAGCUGGAGCAGGGGCCUUCCCCGGGAAUCGCCCUCAUCAGCUGGCUGCCUGUCACCAUCGAUGCUGCUGGGACCUCCAACGGGGUCCGCGUCACCGGAUACACAAUCUACGCUGACAAGAAAAAGGUGUUGGAGGUGUCGUCCCCCACGGCGGGCAGUGCCCUGAUGGGCCCUUCUCAGAUCCAGUCCCUGAUGGGAGCCCACGAGCUCACUGUGCGCACCAUGUCUGCCCACGGGGAGUCCAUCGACUCUGUGCCAGUCAACGUGCCCGCCAAGUUGUACGACAUCAUGACCGGCCAGGCUUCGGCCACCUCCUGCUCCUCGUCAACCCCCGUUCGUCAGUCAACCUCUGUCCACCAGUCACCACCCUACCAGUCACCACCCUACCAGUCACCACCCUACCAGUCACCCCCCGUUCACCAGUCAACCCCCGUUCGUCAGUUAACUCCUGUCCACCAGUCACCCCCUGUCCACCAGUCGUCACCCUACCAGUCAUCACCCUACCAGUCGCCACCCUACCAGUCGCCCCCCUUCCUGUCUUCGUCACCAACCGUCCAGCCCCAAUCCCCAUCUUACGGGAACUCAGCUGCCAAAGUCUCCAUGCUGCCCUACGCCACUGCCUCGUCGCCACUAGACGUCGCACACAUCAUGGGCCCUAACGGGGGGCUGCUCUCUGCCAACUCUCCCCCAGUCCACGCCCUCCACACAGAGGCCUGCUCCCCACACCCUGCCUCGUACGCAGAGGUCUGGGCUAACCCCUUAGCAAAAUCUCCUGCCUCCCCUUGGGCCGCCUUGGCAGUGCAUGAGGCUAUGUCAUCUCCAGUAGCACUAAACUAUCAGGCCAAGUUACCAUCUGUACCGUCAGCCUAUCAGGCCAUGCUACCAUCAGCUUCUCACAUCAACACAACGAGCCCACAUCUAGGCCCAGCAGCAGCCACGGAGCAGAGCAUAGCAGACACAGACAGCCCCGGAGUUCCCCGUCCUGUCAUGUCCAUCACAGACUUUCUCCCUGUGGAGGACGACUCCCGUGCCAACCUUUCAACCCCUGAGCCCUACCCCACCCCGCCCAAGGCCCUUGUGCCACCCGCUGGGGACCUGAUCAACCCGCUGGACAUGCAGCCUCUCCGGCCCCCCAGAGCCCCCUCUCCCCUGGAGUCAGAACCAGACUACUCCAUGGAGAGGCCGACCACACGCAUGGUGUCCAUGGAGGAGUUCCUCAGGCAGGACCAGGACACAGGCUUCAACAGGCAGCCACAGCCAGACCAGUGGGAGGUGCCGGACAGUGACGAGGAGAUUGUGGAGAAGAUCCUGAAGCUUCCUCCUCAGGCCCAGACUCAGGCCUACCAUCAGGGUCAUCAUCACCAUAACGAGCACUUGUUCAGCAUCCCAGAGGUCACUGAUGAAGAGGAUAACAGUGUCGACGAGGACUAUAGUCACCGUCGCCACCGCAGACAGUCCCAAGCCGGGCCAAGCCGCUACCCUGAUGAUCCCCACUACCACAGCAGCAGACACCAGCCCCACCACCACCACCACUACCACCACAACAGCAGACCCGAAGCCAAAGAGCCUUCACCCAGACACAGUGGUGGUGCCCAGAACAGGGUCCACUACGCAAACACAGUAGACAGCAUCAGACACCCCGAGGAGGGGCUGCUGGACACCGGGGGCAGCAGGGAUGUGUGGGUUCCCCGGGCCACCCAGAAGGCCCACCACGGUGGGGGAGGGAGUAGGGCGGGGACGAUGGCCUUGGUAGGCGGACUGGGGGACCGGCUCAGACGAGAAGCCUUGCUACGGAGUCAGAUGGCGGUCGCUGCGUUAACGUCCCAGGCCACCGGCCACACACCGGGUCCGGGCUCCCACCUGGUCAGCAAGACCAUUCGGAAGGUCAAUUCCCCGGUGGGCUCGGUAACAGAAAUCGACCUUGAGUACGGGACAGACGAGGAGGAGCCGUUGACCUACGGCCCCGGGGAACGAGGGGAGGUGGUGGUAGACCAGAUGGGCUCUGAGUGGUGGGUGGAGGGGGUACAGCCUGAACCCCGGCCUCUAGCCAGGCUCCAGGGAAAACCUGCCCUCCAGGCCAUCGCAGCUGCUGCAGCAGAAUGGGAGUCUGGCAGAGACCUGUCGAUGGAGGCUGGUGCUGGGUGGAGCAGACAGCCUGGACUAUCUCCUAAACUGACCAGGUCAGAGGUCAUACAUCAGCUCAAAGAGAGCAUGGAUCAUGCAUGGCCUAUAGGAGACAAUGAGGUGCGUAUCUUUGUGGCUCUGUUCCCCUACGACCCGGUCAACAUGUCUCCCAACCCCGACGCUGCUGAGGAAGAACUGCCCUUCAGAGAGGGACAAAUCAUCAAGAUCUACGGAGACAAAGACUCGGAUGGAUUCUACCGCGGCGAGUCGAACGGUCGUCAUGGUUACGUGCCAUGUAACAUGGUGUCAGAGAUUCAGGUGGAGGACGAGGAGACCAGAGAGACACUCCUGCAGCAGGGCUUCCUGUCUACUGCCACAAACAUGGAGAAGAUAGGUAGGAAUAGCUGUCAGUCAUAACAACAUCCAAUCAGUCCUCGCAGGAUGAAGGCCAUCUUUGAUUACGACCCUCGAGAGAGUUCUCCCAACGCUGACAUCGAGGUGGAGCUGACCUUUGGUGCCGGGGAUAUCAUCUAUGUGUUUGGUGACAUGGACGAUGAUGGGUUCUUCUAUGGUGACCUGAACGGACACAAAGGCCUGGUCCCAUCUAACUUCCUACAGGCUGCCCCAGAGGCUGCUGGGAAAGCCCCACCAUUUGACCCCCAGCCUCAGUCUGUAGCCGAGCACAGGACAGAAUCACAGGUGAGCCUGAGCACAUUCCAAGAGGUUCACAUCCACCCCUACACACAGGACUGACUGGCCCAGUCACAACACAUCCACCCUACACACAGGACUGACUGGCCAGUCCACACACAUCCACCCUACCACACAGGCUGACUGGCCAGUCCACACACAUCCACCCCUACACACAGGGCUGACUGGCCCAGUCCACACCACAU